AUGCAGCCACAACAACCACAACAACCACAACAGAAUUUGGGAUUUCAGUUCGUUCGAGAGCCUUAUCGAGCAACGGAGGUGCAAUUUCAACAGUUUGUGCGUGGAAUGGAGGCGGUGUUAAAUCAGUGGACGGCGUUACAUCUCGUGAGUCAACACUGUGAUGCCUUUGCGCUUCAGUCUAUGUUCCAGGAACUCGUUUCCUGGUUCCAGACCGAUGGUGAGGUAUACUCGGAUGAUUUGGAGUUAUUCUUUGAGAACUUCUUCGCAGAGGCUCGUUCUGUUAUUAUUGAGGACGACAGUAUGAAAGAGGUUGGAGAUGUGCUGCAUGAGAUGUACUGCCGUUGCUGUCAAAAUGAUUUUACACAAGUGGAACAGUUCGUGGCCAGUUUGGAGGUAUACCGACGGGUAAAUCCUGUUCGUCUCUCUGUGAAUGGAGAUACUGGAGAAGAGGGACAGGACGAUGUGGAGAUUAGCGGUGAUAUUGGAGGAAUGGGGGCGGAGAUGCAGCAGAUGGACUGUAAUGAAGAAGCAGAGGGAAUGGGCGAUGCGGAGACGGCACAGACACAGCAGAGAUCACAGCCAAAGAAGAAAAACAAAAAGAAUAAUUAUCAACGUGAUAGUGAUGGUUGGUGUAUUGUGGGAAAUUAG